AUGGAGAUGAUUCGAGAUCGCCUCUGGGCUAUCAAUGGCACGAUCUUGGACGCUCAGCUUCGAGCGUUGAAGGAGCCGGAGUUGGAGGAGUGGGUGACCGACGUCGGUGCAGCCAUUGUGGACGUCGACGAUCUGCUCGGUAGGAUCCUUGACUGGCAUCCAAGAGGAGGAGCGGUUGCAGCAUCGAAUCGCUUGUCACACUCCAUCUGCAGCAUCCGAGUGGCCUCUCGCCGAGCCAUUCUAUCGGAGCUCAAGGAGAUGGUGCGCAGGCUGAACUGUCUGGUGAGGAGGGGGUCUGUGUUGGGCCUCUCAAAGGAGAUAAUGGAGUCUGUGGAUCCACGACAAGAAGAAGAGUACUCCACCGUCCUAAGAGAAGAGGUGGUGGGACGCAACGAGGAUGUAGAAAAAAUCAUCGACAUUUUGCAGCAACAACAGUCUGGCGAUUGUGUUGAAUGGCUGCUCAUAGAAGGCGGUGAUGGGAGGACGACCCUUGGUCGGUUGAUUUACCACCACUCCUGGGUGCACGACCAUUUCCAGCAUCGAAUCUGGGUGGAUGUCCCAAGCAUUGCUUCUUUGGAUCCCAUGUGGAUCAUGAGAGAAUUCACGAGAUCAAUAACCGGGGAACCGUGCGAGGACAUCUGGCUAUUCUACGAUGGAGUCCAUGAAAGCAAAUACUUCCUCGUUCUGGAUGAUCUCAACGUCGAGGAGGAGGACAAGGAUAAGUGGCUCCAAUUGGAGAACUUUCUAUUGCUCGUCGGCGCACCGGGGAGUACCGCGGUGGUCAUUCCUGACUUGCAUUUUAGUGACCAUAAAUUGGGGUCCUCCAUCCGACCGUAUCCCUUGGAGUACCUAUCGGAGGAUGCUUGGGUAGAAUUGUGCAUGAGACAAGCACUCAUCCGGCCUGAUCAACAGGAGGAAGCAAACGCGAUACGUCAAUUCUGUAGGACAGACUAUGAUUCAAUUUAUGGGACUCCCACAGGCGCCAAGAUGUAUGGCUCCGUUUUCAGAUAUACCGAAAUGAAUCGAUGGCAACAACAAAUUUCUGCUUCGGAUACGAAUUUUAUUAGAAUUUAUUACAUGCCACGUAAAUGGACACGAUUAAUGUUGUACCACUGGCUGAUUGUACAAGAUGACAUGGCCAAUUAUAAAGACUUCUUCCAUGUGUUAGCUGCUGAAGGCCUUCUGCUGUUUUCGUCAGACGACGUCGAAGUGAUGAUAAGGGAAUAUGUGAGGACCCUCGACCUUGAUUUUUCAUUUGCUGCCACGGAGCAUUGCUAUUUCUUGACGGAGGUUGAUUCAAAUUCAACAAUCCCACAACAAUGUCUCUAUUUACGUAUGCUUGUCGAUUCCAAUACCAUCACAUUUCCGACAAUCUUAUCCGAUGGGGUCAACAAUUUGAGAGGUUUGGUAUUACAACAAAAGGAAAUGGAUCUCCAACACAAAUAUCAUAUCCUACGUAUUCCAAAAGGUAUAUUUACCAGCCUCAUACAUCUACGUAUAUUACAUUUACGAGCUAUCAAAGUCCAGCAGCUACCUGAUACAAUGGACAAGUUGCUAAUCUUGAGAUACCUCAACCUUGCCCAGUCUGAGAUCCAAGCACUUCCUAAAUCCUUAUGCAAGCUCAGGAAUUUACAAAUCUUAAAUUUGGCUCAUUGCGAAAAGCUUCAAAAUCUUCCGAGGCAAAUACAUAAUCUCGAGAAUUUGCAUGUUUUAAAACUAGCUUAUUGUACAAAGCUUCAAAUGCUACCUAUUUCGGUCACCGGUCUUGUAAAUCUACAAGAGCUAGAUUUGGAAGGUUGUCAAUGGCUUGUCGAAUUACCUGAGGGUUUGAGUAAUAUGAGAAAGCUGACAAACCUCAAUGUGUAUAGAUGUCCAUUAAAUCAAAUGCUACAUAAAAUAAGUCAGAUAAGUAAUCUCCUGAAGUUGUCUGGAUAUAUCAUAAUUGGUGAUAUUGGAAAUGCCUUCUCGGAGUUACAAUCAUUGAUUAAUCUAAAAGAAUUAUGGUUACAAAAUCUCGAACAAGUGUCAAAUUCAGAAGAUACUUCGACUCCUUUAAAGUUGUAUGAUAUACUUCCACAACUCAUAUAUCUAAAGCUACAUUGGAAAUGGAACAAUAUGGUUGACAUGAGAACCUCCUAA